UCAACCACUCCACUCCACACCUUCACGAUAAGACCAGAACCCAACAGGGGACGGACAAGAGUCGACUGGACAAGUCCAAGAUAUUUGCAAAGUUUUAUUCCAGCGAAGAAAAGCCGUCUUUGUCGCCAUGGAUGUUCCCGAGCCUGAUCAGAGCCCGUUCACUGCGGUGACGGCGCACACCUCCAAAUUCACCAGAAAAUUCCAAGCGUAUCUCGAUGCCUCGACGCCGUACGCAGUCUAUCGGUGGAUCGGGACGGGCGUGUUCCUCGCCAUUUUCUUCCUACGAAUUGUUCUUUCCCAAGGAUGGUAUAUUGUCGCUUACACGCUCGGCAUCUACCUGCUUAACCUGUUCCUCGCCUUCCUCACCCCGAAAUUCGACCCCUCGCUCACACAAGACGAGGGUCUCGAGGACGGCGAUGCCUCUGCCUCCCUGCCGACCAAGCAGGAUGAGGAGUUCCGCCCCUUUAUCCGCCGCCUCCCGGAGUUCAAGUUCUGGUACGACGCGACCCGCGCCAUCACCAUCGCCUUCGUCUGCUCCUGGCUCUCUGUCUUUGAUAUCCCCGUCUUCUGGCCCGUCUUGGUCGUCUACUGGAUCGUCCUGUUUGUCUUGACCAUGCGCCGCCAAAUCCAACACAUGAUCAAGUAUCGCUAUGUCCCUUUCUCCUUCGGCAAGACGAGAUACGGUAGAUCGUAGGAGAGACUUAUGGCUUGACAUGUGAACCUGGAGGAACAGUCUUAAAACUUACCCAUGUUCCUCUCUUUGUGUCCCUUUUUUUUGACGCUAUAUGAUUGAAUGGCAGUGCCCGAGUCACAGCACAUGCAUGACCUGCAGAAAAUCAUUGUUUCAUCUAUUUUAAUCUUUUUU